UCUCGAGCUGGCAGCGCGGGUGGCGGGGAGCGUUUUGGUGAGGCAGCGAGCAGGGCAGCCCAAGGGGUGGGGCCACGGGCGGCGCGGUUGCGAGAGGCCCCUGGGUGACGGCGGCGACGCGACGGGAGCGGGAGUGAUUCUGAGGGAGUGCUGGCAGUUCCCUUGGCCUUUUGCCCCUCUCGUUCCCGAGGCAAUGCCCAAAGUGAAGAGGAGCAGGAAGCCUCCCCCGGAUGGCUGGGAGCUGAUUGAGCCCACACUGGAUGAGCUGGAUCAGAAGAUGAGAGAAGCGGAGACGGAGCCGCACGAAGGGAAGAGGAAAGUGGAGUCGCUCUGGCCCAUCUUCAGGAUCCACCACCAGAAAACACGUUACAUCUUUGAUCUCUUCUACAAGAGGAAAGCAAUCAGCAGAGAGCUCUAUGAGUACUGCAUUAAGGAGGGAUAUGCUGACAAAAACCUGAUUGCCAAGUGGAAGAAGCAGGGCUAUGAGAACCUCUGCUGCCUGCGCUGCAUCCAGACUCGGGACACCAACUUUGGGACCAACUGCAUCUGCAGGGUCCCCAAAAGCAAGCUGGAAGUGGGCAGAAUUAUUGAGUGCACUCACUGUGGAUGCAGAGGCUGCUCUGGGUGAAGCCUUUUGACAUCAAACUUGUUUUUUGAACUCUGAGGGAUGUCCUCCUCCUCCAUGGACUAUGAGUGCAAUUACAGCCACUUUUGUUGAUGGGAUGUUUCUGUAUAAUAAUUAAAGCAGCAGCAUGAUCACCUGG